UUUAGCAUGCGGAUCGGGAGAAGAAACCUGAGUACCAAGAGAAACCCCAAAUCUUGAUUUUCUGUUCAUUUUAGCACAAGGGCCACUUGGCUUUGAUGUUACAUAACAUUUCUUUCCUCUUUCAUCAUUUGUCUACAAAGGUAGUUUUUCUUUAUUUUAGUUUUAUUAGUGCCUAAGUGACAUCCAGGAUCUCUUUUCUGGACCCAUAUUUUUCUGGGCUCCACCGCUGGAUGUUCGUGUGAGACGCAGCAGCUGAGCAACUACACGAGAUUUAUCACCGGUCAAUCCCUGAGCGAGGCGAACUAGCACUAAAAUGGCGAUCGUCCUGCACUCCACCCCCCUCCUGUGGACGCGUCUGGCGGCCCUGAUCUUCUCCUGCGUGGCCUUCUCGGUGGCGGUCCACGGUGGGCGUCUGUACCACGGCACUGGCGACUGGUGCAUCUUCUGCUGGGCCUUCAGUUUUGCCGGAACCCUCCUGGUGCUCCUGGUGGAGCUUUUUGGCCUUCAGACCCGAGCGCCCGUCUCCUGGAAGAACUUCCCCAUCACUUUCGCCUGCUACGCUGCCCUGCUGUGCCUGUCGGCGUCCAUCAUCUUCCCGCUGUACUACUUGAAAGGCAGCAUGGGGCCUAGCCAGGUGCGCGAUUACCGCAUUGUGUCCACAGUCUUCUCCUGUCUGGCCACCAUCGCCUACAUGAGCGAGGUGAGCAUCAGCAAGGCCAGACCAGGCGAGGUAGCCGGCUACAUGGCAACUGCCCCAGGCCUGCUCAAAGUGUGCGAGACCUUCGUGGCGUGCAUCAUCUUCGUGUUCGUCAGCGACCCAGUGCUAUACGACCGUCACGACGCGCUCAAAUACUGCAUGUCCGUCUACUGCAUCUGCUUCAUUCUUUCUGCUGCCAUCAUUCUCCUGUGUGUGGGUGAGUGCACGGGCUGCCUGCCCUUCCCCUUCGCCCGCUUCCUGUCUGGCUAUGCCCUGCUAGCCGUGGUGCUCUACCUGUCGGCCACCAUCAUCUGGCCCAUCUUCAACUUCGACCCCAAGCACGGUGGCAGCAAGCAACGGCCGUCCAACUGCAGCAUCACACAGGGACUGUGCACGUGGGACAAGCUGAUGGCGGUGGCCGUGCUCACGGCCGUCAACUUCAUCCUAUACCUGGCCGACCUCAUUUACUCUGCACGCUUGGUAUUCGUCAGCGCUUGAGAUUCCGGCAAAGUCAAAUGCGGUGGCUUAUGUCUCUGUUAUCUGGACUUGACUCCGAAUUGUCUUCCAAAAUACUCCUAUUUCCGAACCUUUGAGGUGAACGGUCCAAAAUUCAGAGUUACAACAAAUAUUUGAUGAAAAAUCAGCAACCUGACAUAUCAGUUUAUUUUUCUUUGACUAUACUUGCAACUCACAAAACCUAUACGUGUUUCGUCAUUAAAGGGGAAGACAACACCAAAAUGACUUUUAUGUACUUAGAACUCUGAUAAUCCAGAAAUGAAUGUUUAAACACUAAAAUGUAACGCUGCUCACGGGCGCAGCCAUUUUAUGAUGUCAAUUAUACCCACGUACAUACACAUGGAUAGACUUGAGAACAGUUGCAUUUGAUAAUGGGUAUUACAAUUAAUACAAUUGUUGUCUUUUAUAUCACAUUUUGGCGAACACCGUUUUCUAAUCCCGUCUUUCCUGUUCAUUUUGCUUUUGCUCAUAAGUGGAUUUUAAGGGGCGGCCGAUAAGUGUCAUUGCGUGUAAUUGACUUUCCAAUAUAUAUAUAAAAGUUGUAAAGCAAUAGAACUGAAACAAAAAUGAAUUAAAUGAACAAAAAAUAUAUUUUUAUAAUGGGUCAAAAUUAUUUUUCGAACAGAUCAUGUGACUAGCAACUUAGACUGUCAUUUGCUUUGCAUAUAACUAAAAAAAAAAAAAAAAAAAUAUAUAUAUAUAUAUAUAUAUAUAUAUAUAUAUAUAUAUAUAUAUUUUUUUUUUUCCUCUAAUUAUUUUCUUUCUCUUUGAUUGAAAAUGUUUUUUUUUUAAUUUUUUAUUGAAGCAACUUUUUUUGGGAUUAAAUGAUUUAGACACAAAUGUCUUACCCAUAAUAUGGCCCAAACACAAAAAGGAUUGCUUCAAUCAAAGAAAACUUUUGCGAUGAAAAAUUAAGUGUUCAAACGCAAUUUUUUUCUAUCUCAAAUAUUUUUGGCAUUCAAAAACUUUUACCAUCACUUAAAUUUUUUUUUUUUUGACUGAAGUGAUUUGUCUUUUUGAAAAUAUAUAAUUUUUUGACGAAUUUUUUAACUUAUUUUUUGAUUGAAUAACGACAAAAAUGUCCUAGCCAAAAUGUGGCCCAAACACAAAUCAAAAUUACUUUAAUCAAAAAAGUUGCUUCAAUAAAAAAAAAAAAAAACUUCAAUCUAAAAAAAAUAAUAAUAAUAAUUCAAAGAAAAAUAGCUUUCGCAUGCAUUUUUUUGAGUUUCAAAUUUAUUUUUGCAUUCAACCCCUUUUUUUUUUUAAUUGAAGUGACUUUUUGGGGGGUUGAAAAUAUAUAUUUUGAUUGAAGCAACUUUUUUUUUUUUCCAAGUGAAGCAACUUUUUGGGGGGAUUGAAUAAUAUAGACACACAUCUACUACCAUAUGGCUCCGUCCAGGGGAUACAAUUUUUGACAGGGAUAACUACAUUGGCACGACACCGGCAGUUACACCAUAUUCAAUGGAUGACGACCUUGGCGAAAAGUAUUGCCUAAGCAGUUUGAUUUAGAAUUCCCCUCAAGAAUGAUGGGAAACAAAAAACACUAAUUGUCAACUUAAUAUUAUAAAUAUUCUUGUAAGUUAACUGUAUUGCUGACACUGCGUUUUGGGGUCAUCAACAUGUUGUGCUCCCCCUGCCCCAAAAGUCAAACCCCGCCUAUGCUUUUGCUGCUCGUUUUGUAAAAUAUCGACAGUGCUCUGGGGUUCAAAUUGAAAGGGUUGAACCGAUGACAUGUUUAUGUCGCUUAAAUCAUACUCUGGAAGCCCGGCAGCGUAACCAGGUGACGUCACCGCCCUGUGACGUCAACAACAAUGGCAACUUACUAGUUAAACUAAUUUUACAAAUUGUACAAAAACGAAAACAUCACGAGUGGCUUCAAUAUCCAGUUUACUCAUCAUAACAUUUAUAUUUUAAGAACUACAAGUCUUUCUAUCCGUGGAUCCCUUUAAUGACAUAACGAGUAAGUGCGAGGAAAUUUGGGAUACUGCCAUUUGAUUCGCUGGAGGAGUCCUGGCAUUGAGAAAAUGUCUGCCCCCAUGUCGGUUAGCCAUUUCUUGAAAAUACUGGCUUUCAUCUAUGAAAAAAUGAGCUUUUUUUUUUUUUUUUUUUUUUCUCCAAUUCAUUAAAAAAAGAUUCUUUCUACUGGAAUGGACGUGAUAAAGGUGUUGUCUCUCCCUUUAAAAUGAAUUAUAGUCUGUUCAAGCCUAAUCUUGGCCACCAGAGGGCAAUAUAUUAUAACUAUACAGACACAAGAGUUAAACUAUGAUUGGUUUGCCGCCCUCGGUUAUACAAUUUGGAGUUCAAACAAAAUUUUCAUGAAAACGUUUCCUGAAGGCAGAAGUUUGAUUAAGAAAAAUAUAUUUUGUCACUGACUUUUGUGCUGUUUUUUAACAAAGCUCAAGAACAAAUAUUUUUUCAGGACUGCAGUCAUGAUGCAAUAAUGACCAUGGAGCUUUUUUACACUUCAAAUAUGACCUAAAAUGUUCCCUUUUGAGGUUCCAUUGUAUUGUCAGUAAAGACUCCGUGCAAACCUGCCAUAAUUAAAUUUACACGUUUAAUUAAGAAGAUUGGUGCUUUGGGCGUGGUCUGGUUUAUAUACAGUUCUAUGUUUACAUGUCUGCUUUGUGUCGGUGCCUUGAAGGACUCAAAAAAAGUGUGUUAAUGAAGUUUAAAAUCACAAAUAAAAAUAUCAUUCCUCUACAUUGACAUAAGCUAAGGGGGGGAAUUGCAUGUAAACAUAGUAGUGUUACUAUUUUUGGCAAUAUGACCUUCAAUAAUCGUUUCAAAUUCUAAUGUCUUUGUUUUACUUGAAGCAGUGCAUCACUAAGAAGAAGCAGCGACUUGAUUUUUAAUGAUAUUCUAUUGUACAGGGCGCACAUACUUGCACGUUACGAUAUAAAUAUUUGGAAUUUGUGUGUGGAUGUAACAAAAGUAGACAUAUACACACUGUAUAUGUGCACGACGUAUCUUUUGUUUUGUAACACUCAAAUGCUAUUCGACACAUUUUGUCAAGGGCUCUGUUGUACGUUUUUUAUUAUUAAUACUUUUAUAUUCCGCCAUUUUGUUUUUCCUCACCGCGUCAGUGUUUUAAGAAAAUGUAACCUUGAUUGGCAUUUCAAUAAAAACACGUAU